GAAUUGACAUCAAGCGAAACCAGCAAUGGUGCAACAGCACAAUAUUUGGGGUCAUCUGAAGUUGAGCUGGUAGAUAAUUAGCCUCAACAAAGUUGGAGACGCAGCUGAACCCGCUGGCGUUGAACGUAACCCAAGUUCAGCAGCCGCGGCGGCGACGCCGGGAGCGAUCAGCGUGCAGCUGCUGCCACCACCAACAACAACAAUGGAGCCAACGACGCGCAGAGAGGCGCUCUCGCUGCUGCUGCUGCUGCUCCACAUGUGCCUGGGCGCAACUGCGAUCACCGUCAAGUACGCCCUGUACGAGGAGCAGCCCGCGGGCACCCUCGUGGGCCGCCUCUCCGACGACCUGCGGGGCCGCGUGGCCGAGCACCCGUCCCGUCACUUCCGUCUCAUGCGGCGAGACGACUUCUCCCUGGUGCACGUGGAAGAGGUCGAGGGGACGGUGAGCGCUCGCGAGGUCAUCGACAGGGAGCAGCAGUGCGGGCAGGCGCCCUCCUGCGUCAUCCGCUUCGACGUGCUCUGCACGCUGCCCCGAGACCUCUUCCAGCUGGUGCACGUGGAGGUCGAGGUGCUGGACAUCAACGACCACGCGCCUGACUUCGCCCGCUCGGAGAUGCACGUGGAGAUCUCCGAGAGCGUCUCGGUGGGCACCAGGGUUCCCCUGGAAGGCGCCCGUGACCUGGACGUGGGAGGUAACGCACUGCGCGCCUAUCACCUUGACGAGAACGAGCGCUUCGGACUGGCGCUGCGGGCACGCACCGACGGCGCCAAGUACGCGGAGCUCAUGGUGAAGAGCAGGCUGGACCGUGAGCAGGAGGGAGAGUACACGCUGCAGCUGACGGCAUGGGACGGUGGUGACCCGCCGAGGUCAGGGACGACCCUCGUGCGGAUCACCGUGCUCGACUCCAAUGACAACUCGCCCGUGUUCGCACAGCCUUCGUGCAACGUGACCGUGAGGGAAGAUGCCACGCCUGGGACCGUCCUCCUCACGCUCAACGCCACCGACGUGGACGAAGGACCGAACGGCGAGGUGGUGUACUCCUUCAGCAGUCCCGUGGAGGCCGAGGUGCGACGUCUGUUCCAACUGGACCCCAAGACGGGAAAGCUGUCCCUCAAGGGCCAGCUGGAUCACGAGCUCAACUCGGAAUACGAAAUAUCCAUCCAGGCGCGAGACAUGGGUCCCAGCUCCAUUCCAGCUCACUGCAAAGUGCUCGUGCACGUGGAGGACAUCAACGACAAUGAGCCCGAGAUCAAGCUGGACUUCAUCAUGCAGUCCAGGGGGGACACUGUGUUUGUGAGCGAGGCUGCGGCUUAUGAGAGCUUUGUUGGACUCGUGACUGUCUCGGACAUCGACUCUGCCAAGAACGGCCUCGUGGCAUGCCACCUGCGCGGACACCCGCACUUCAAGCUGCUGCCCUACCGCGACGACUACGUGGUGGUGACCAACACGAGCCUGGACCGCGAGGAGAUGGCCGACUACUUCUUGGUGCUGGAGGCGGUGGACGGAGGGACUCCGCCGCGAGUGGCGGCCCGACAGUUCACCGUGCGCCUGCUGGACGAGAACGACAACGAGCCGCGCUUUCAUCGCUCCACGUACGAGGCGUCGCUGCUGGAGAACAACACCCCCGGCGCCUACGUGACGACGGUGACGGCGUGGGACGCCGAUGCCGAACACAACGGCAUGAUCGCAUACAACGUGGUCGAGUCGGAGGUGGCGGGAGCGUCCGUGUCCACCUACGUGUCCAUCAACCCGUCGAGUGGCGCAAUCUACGCGCUGAGGCCCCUUGACUAUGAAGCGAUGACAAGCCUCACUUUUCAAGUGCAGGCCAGGGAUGACGGCGUGCCCCCGCUCGUCACCAAUGCCACCGUGUCAGUGAGGAUUGUGGACGAGAACGACAACGCGCCGGUCGUCACGCACCCCCCGCUGCGCAACGGCACGGGCGUUGUGCGGCUGCCCAGGGACGCGGGGCUCGGGUACCUGGUCACGGUGGUGCGGGCCAGAGAUUCGGACUCUGAAGUAAACGGCGAGCUCAGCUAUCGCAUCGUGCAAGGCAACGAGCGAAAUCUAUUCCGCAUCAACCGCCUGGGAGGUGAGAUCUUCACCAAUGCUGCCUCGGUCACCGACGUGAUGCGGCACACCCUGAUGGUGAUGGUCAGGGACAGGGGCUCUCCAGCUCUCUCAGCGACCGCCGUCAUCGAGAUCCGAGUGGGUGCCCACGGAGCGAGCGAAAACAACAACAACAACGACAAACUCUCUGGGCUUGACGAAGCGUUUGGCGGCUCCGCUCCGGACGGCGACGAUGGGGCCGACGAGACGCAACCGCUGGACGCGUCCAUGCUGGCCGUGAUGGCUCUGGGCGCCGCUUGCGCCCUCACGCUCGCCGCCGUGGUGCUUGUCGCCAGCACCAAGUCGAGCUCCUGCGGGGCAGCGGCACACGAAGGCAAGGACGAGGACAACAGGAGACGCGGCCACUCGACAGCGUCGUCCGAGACGUCGGUGGAGGCGGAGGCGCCGUCGCACGGCUCUCAGCGGCUCGCCCGCGUGGAGGAGGGGACAAGCGAUGGGGACACGAGGAAGGGGACGAGGACGGGCGUGAACAAGCGCGACAUUGUGGUGCUGAGCAGCGAGGCAGCGGGGCAGCUUGCCGAGGGAGAUGUCGAAGAGCCCCUGGCCGUCAGCACGGUGUUUGGGCCACACGGCACCGUGCCGGACUCUGCUCGGGGCCGGAGGAACGACGCAGAGGUCCGGCCCAGGGAUAGCCUCACCCCGUCUCAGCACUCUUCAGAGGGCUUCACUGAACCUGAGCCAGCGACCCCUUCACAAGACAACGUCGAGGUCUCGCAAAUCUUGACACUCCUCAGGCAGGGAAAGUACCGUCCAAGACCAAGCUUCAGAGGAAACAAGUAUCCCCGACGAAUUAGGUGUGCGGAGGUGGACGGACAGAGCCUGAAAGACAGCGGACGAGGUGACAGUGACACGGAGGAGUGCGACUCGGAGCCCGGUCGCCAUUCUCCCCUGGGCUCCCUCACUCUGUCGCUCCCAGGGCCUGAGCAUGCAGAAGUGCCUCCCUGGACGACUGAAUGCAACCUACCGGCAAUGGGACAUUCCUCGUGCCUUCCGCACACUGGCCCUGCCCCUCCUCUUGUGGCCACCCAGGCUGUUGGGACUACCAGGCCAACCCUGCUGCCUCUGGGGCUCCACUCGGCCGCCGCUGUGGCCGUGCCGAGGGAGCUGGGCCUGCCCGCCAUCCACCAGGGCCCUCUCACUUUUUCCACGUUCGGCAAGGCGAUCCCUGCAACUACUCGAUGCUGAGAGAAGACAGCAGGGAGGACCCCUGUUACAGUUGAACAGGCGGUGCGACUGCUGCACUGCGGCCCACGGGGCCAGAGAGCCAAGUUAAUGAGGAGAAGGAUAUUGAACUGGGGGCUCCAUUUCAUUCCUUGCACCAGGUCCCUGUGCCAACUAUUUCCAUUCCAUUGGUUGGAGUUAGACUCUACGUAAUACUUUGACAUCCUGCCCGUGUUGAAAAACAGCAACUGAAAUUCUGUUGAUCGCGAUGACCACACAACGACUGAAUAUAUGCAACAAUGAGUAUUACACCUCGCAUAUAUGUCUUGUAUAUGUCCUCUCACACCACCAUGCACUAGAAAUACAGAUGUAUUUCUUGGGAUGGAACAUUGGUCCUGGUAGUUAAAUGUAUGCAUGAACACUGGAACAUAUUGGGCCACGUGCAAAUGUGCACUUCGGUUUUAAUGUUUCAUGCACUGUUUAAAAAACGAAACUCAAGCAAAGGUUGGCUACAAUAAUCAAUCUUGAUCCCCGUGGUGCUGAGUUACAUUGACAUGAAGCCGGGCACAAAGUAUCGUAUCAGUAAGCUGUAAACAUGAUUGGUUUACAAUUUCAAAAUACUGUAACCCAUUUAGGGUAAAAACUGUAAAUUAAGUUUAAGAUUUCAUACCAAAGACUUUUGUAAAAAAAAAAUAGACAAAAUAUUUUAAACUUUAGUAUUUUAGUGUUAAUUUGAACAAAUGUUUUCAUGUUGAAUGAGGUUAUUGUGUUAUUAAGAAAGCAGCCCGACUGGAUUAUUAUUUAAAAUUGACAAUCAAUUAUCUGUUUAAUGGUUGAUAAAUUACCACAAUUCCUUAAGAUGUACGUUGUGGUAUUAAUAUUGCAUACUUGUAGACCGUUAACAAACGUAGCAUACUUGGAAUUAGAUUUUUUUAUACGUUAUGGAGGUGAUUUAAAUUAAACAAUUGUACCACUUUGCUUAUUUAAAAAGCUAAUGGAAAUAAAUUAUACACUGUAUUUUAUUAUUUGUGCAAAAGUAGUGAUCAUGUGGAUUGUCUCAUGAUUUGUUGUUAAAUUGUACCAUAACUAUAUCGAUGUUAAUAUUUUAUAGUAACAGUAAUAUAAUUUCCAGCCCUUUGUCAAUCCACUUUUGGAUCAAGGGCCCCCUCCAGCAGAGUCCACCAUAGUGGUUGUUAAACCAAUACUUCACCAAUGCUUAACCAAUACUUAACCACUCUGUGUCAGUGUGAGUUUGGUGGGGCGCCAGGACUGGUUCGGAUAUCACUUGCAGUAUGCACUGUCAAUCGCAUAGUGCCACAGUUUAAAAUGUUUAAUUUAAUUGUUUCUAAGCAUAUACAGUACUCAUCUUUAUUUAAUAUACAGUUAAUAUAAUUAUUUUUACCACAUGCCUUUUGUACCUUUUCAUGUUUUAA